UUCGACGCCUAAACGGCAGGGCUUCCUUGGGAUCCACCGUAGAGCUUCCUGCAGAGUCAUGUCGGGAAAUAAAGGCAAGUGAAGGCACAGACGCUGUCAGCAAAAAGUACUGGUUGGAUUCAUCUGGAAGUGGAAAGGCUGUUUUGGUUCAUUGCAACAUGGAAAUGGAAGAUAUCGAUGAAUGUAUCAGCGGCAGUCAUGACUGUCACGUAAAUGCCACAUGUAUCAACACCAUUGGCUCACAUAAUUGUACAUGCAACGAAGGAUUUACUGGAGACGGACGCAUUUGUUCAGCUUUCCAGAAAAACUGUGCUGAAAUCUACAAAUCCGGUAACACAACUGACGGUGUCUACAACAUUAAACCUGAUAACGUGUCUACAUUUGAUGUAUUCUGUGACCAAACGACGGACGGUGGAGGAUGGACUGUGUUCCAGAGGAGACUGGACGGCUCGGUUGAUUUCUACCGCAAGUGGUACGAUUACAAACAAGGUUUUGGCAACAUGAAUGGUGAAUUUUGGCUGGGACUGGACAAGAUUCAUCGUUUGACCUCAAAUAAUUACAACAUCCUGCAUGUGGAUUUGGAAGACUUUGACGGGCAUACUCGUUACGCCGAGUAUAACAUGUUUGGUGUUAUGAAUGAAAAUCACAAGUACAAGCUGAUCCUUGGUGAUCAUUCAGGGACUGUUCCUGAUUCUCUUUCUUAUCAUCGUGAUCGACCAUGGAGCACUCGAGAUCAAGAUAAUGAUGAGCGUGGAAAUGGUAGCUGUGCCAUUUUGUUCAAAGGAGCCUGGUGGUAUGGCAGGUGUCACCAAUCCAAUCUGAAUGGUUUGUAUCAUGAUCAACCUCACUCCUCCCAAGGCGCUGGAGUACAGUGGACUAACUGGAAGGGAUAUCACUACUCCCUUAAGAGAGCCGAGAUGAAAAUAAGACCAGAAGUUUUCUCUCCUCAAUGAUUCUAAGUAUUCCAAAAGCCUUUGGCCAACAGCCGUAACCAUUUCAUAUUUAGAGUUUAAGAAAAACGAUUGACUCUAAAAAAUCUGUUUGGUGGUCUCUAACAUAAAUAUUAUUUUCUGUUUAAAUAAUGUUAUUUACACCAAGUAACUGAAUGAUGUGCCUUCUUUCAGUUUUAGUUGCUUACUUGCGUUUUUUAAUGCUUUUGAGCGAGUUUCUUGUUCUGCGCGGUUUCGCUUUAGUGAUGAAUGAUGGUUUCUAUUAUGUUUUUGAACCAGGAAAAAUAGAUUCUGUAGAGCGGAUCAUUUACAUGAUACGAACGAAUUGAUUGCCCCUUACUUUUUUCUGAACUCUUAUGAGCACUAUGUUAUAUUUACUCGUGUUUGCUUUAUCAAAUAGUACUGUUAUUCUAGUAUGUGCCACUAAUGAAAACUAUCACCGAUGGAGCAAUGUUGCGUUCUUGGUUCAAGUUGACAAAAAGUCAGUGCACACGCCGAUAGCAUCUGUUUACAUUGAAGAGGACAUGUUUUCUUCUCGUCAUCUUCAAAGAAUAAAUGUAGUUUGUAGUUUUUCAAAAGAACGACGAAACAGAAAGCAAUAGAAUAGUCUUCAGUCUUGUAGGAACGCAAAUUUUGGAAGCUAAACGGACAAUUUGAAAAGAUGUAAAACCUGGCAUAUCACUUUUAUUAAUUCCGCGCGAAGAUAUGACAAUAUUGUAUAGGUCUAAAACAUCAUACGCGUCACAGUUAAGAUGUUUUCUAUGUCAACUGCAAUGUGGCAUUUUUAAAUAUAUAUAUACUUCAAUAAGCUCUCGCCAUAGUUAGGCUCUCGCAGAGAGAAGGAAAAAAAUUUACAGGAGUUCGUAGGCUGUAAUAAUAAUACUGUAGAUGUUGCAGGUAUCAUAAUGUGCAAACAGAGAACUGAUUUUUUUUAAAAGUGUCGUUUUGUAUCUUUACUAGCUUAUCGAAACAGAUAACGAUCUAUUGAUACCCAGCCAUCAUUCAGGAGACGAAAUAUGUCCACAUUCUGAUUUUCAUUUUCUUUUUUCAUUCAUUACUAUCACGAAACACACAAAACCACAGUGUUAAGUCUUUCAAGACUGAAGUCAGAAAAGUAGAUAUUUAAAGCUUCAGAUAAUUUUUAACUCUGCUGAUCAUGAUUUUAAUGCGCAGUAUCAUCAAGAGAUUAUCAUAUAUUGCUUGCAUUUAUCCACAUCCUGUUUUACAUGUAAAUAGCUCGCAACGUUAAUGAUAGACAUAUCCCACCAGUAAUCAUUAGAAUAUCUAUAUUGUCACCCCCAAGGUCAAUGGUUUCCUUAACGCUCAUCUGUACAUAAUGCUUCAUACUGAGUUUGUAAAAAUUCUAAAUGUAAGUAUGAGUAGGUGAGAAUAAAACAUGAGUAAGCUUAA